UUUCUAUAAUGAUAUAAAUAUCCCUGAAAAUCAUAAUUCACCAACUACAAGCUGAUACUUGAAGUUACUGCAUACAUGCAUCAUGUGACCAUUUUGUUUACCUCGACUGACUCACUAGUCGAGUUCAGUGUAAUCUUGCAGUAUUAUGUUUAUGUAUAUGUGUUGAUAUAUUGCUAAGAUUUAUUUAUCUGUGUAUAAAAUAAUUACUUCCAUAUAUAUUUUUAAUAGGUUUUUUUCCAUUUAUGAAAUGUUUUCUUUCUCAUUUUAUUGAAUAAUAUUAAAUAAUUGAGACAUCUACAAAUUUAACUGUAUUUAAGCUACAUAAUUUGUAAUUGGUGAUGUUAUAAAAUGUAACCAGUUUUAAAAAUAAAGCGAUUUUCAGAAUUUUAUAUAUAAAAUUAUGCAUACAAUGGAUUCGUACAUAAUGCAGAUCAGACGUGUGUGGUUGAAUCAGGAGGGUAGACCCUUAUCGAAUUUAUUGUCUUUACGACAUGAUCAUGUCUCAAUUUCACAAAUUGGAUCUGAAACUGCAAUAACAAAAGCAAUGGAACAUUUAUCUGCUCCUCUUGAUGACUUAGUACUUUACCACUUGAAAGCUAUAGUAGCAAUGAACAAAGAUGAUCCAUUGUCUAUGUAUAAUUACCAAAGUUCUGCAGUUCAAUCUUUGACAAAGAUUCUUCAAAUGCAAAAAGAAGAAAAUUGGAUGUUACCUGUUAUGAAUACAAUGUGUUUAGAGCUACGAUUAUUAGCAGUUUGUGUUGAAAAUACAAAAACUAGCAAGAAUAUGAAGCCUGGUGAAAUUUUAGAAAAAUGUGCAGAUUGUUUAAUGGGGUGUUUCCGAGUGUGUGCUUGUGAUAAUCGUAGUUCGGAAGAUGAUACAAAAAGAUGGGGAAUGUUGACAUUGGUUAAUCAAUUGUUAAAAAUUUAUUUUAGAAUAAAUAAAUUACAUCUGUGCAGACCUUUAAUAAGGGCGAUAGAAUCAUCCCCAUAUAAAGCACUUUUUACAUUGGCUCAAAAAAUAACUUAUAAGUUCUUUGUGGGUCGUAAAGCAAUGUUUGACAGUGAUUAUAAAGCUGCUGAUGAACAUCUUACUUAUGUCUUUGAACAUUGUCAUAAACGAUCUUCAAAAAAUAAACGAUUAAUUCUGACUUACCUGGUGCCAGUAAAAAUGUUAUUAGGAUAUAUGCCUAAACACAGCUUAUUAGAAAAAUAUAACUUAAUGGAAUUUGGAGAAUUAAUGGAAGCUGUUAAAAGGGGAAAUUUACGCAAUCUUGAAAAAGUGAUGGAAAAACAUGAAUCAUUUUUUAUAGGAGCAGGAAUAUAUUUGAUUGUGGAAAAAUUGAAGAUAAUAGCAUAUAGAAAUUUAUUUAAGAAAGUGUACUUAGUAUUGAAUAUACAUCAGAUUCCCAUUCAAGAUUUACUCUCAGCUUUGGAAAUGCAAGGAAUUGACGAUGUAGAUAUGGACGAAGUAGAGUGUAUUGUUGCAAAUUUAAUAUAUGAAGGAAAAAUUAAAGGUUACAUAUCUCAUCAACAUAAAAAAUUAGUCAUCUCUAAACAAAAUCCUUUUCCAAGACUCUCAACUAUACCCUAAUUACGUUUAAAUUACAUGUACAUUUUUGUAAAAAAAUAAAUUCGAAUUUAAUAAAA